UAUCGUUGUCUUUUCGUCACCAAUUCAUAUCGUCCUUUAUCUUGUUCCUUGUGUGUACAUUGAAGUCACGUGCCUCACUCCUACCAUCGCGACCGAAAUUUCUACAAAAACAAAAAGAGGAAAGAGAGAGGGACAGUUCCAUGCGUCUAAUACACAGAGCGUCUGAUCGGCGACGAUCGAAGAAUAAUCGGUGCUACGUAUGCAAAAAACUGUUCUGUUGCUCAGACUGUUGUACGGAGCACGUAAAGAAGAAACAUCCGAGUCGUAAAUCCGAGUGUCCUCUCUGUCGUGCGAACAGUCUUGCAGUGAAGAACUUUGACAAUCAAGAAUUUUUCUGUCACGUUGUUUUUCACCAUUUGCCGCUGUACUGUCGUUUGUGCGGUGUGGUAUACAGAAAUUCGAAAGAUUUGCAGUUUUUCGGUGCUUGUACGCGUUCAGGAUUCAAUUGUCGUUUGGAGAAAAGCGACGAAUCGAUAUUUUCUUUGAAGUCACCGCCUUCUUGGGUUAAAACACCUUGCAACUAUUCUUCGACGAGAAACCAAAGUACCGGAACUGAAAGUGAUUAUAACGUGAAGUUCAACGACUUGAUAUCGCCACCAGAACUCAAGAGAAACACGAGCACGCCCAUGCACGUAGGUGGCAACGGUUCCAAGGUGAAUUUCGUUUUUAAAACGCCCAAAAGUCCAAAUAUCUCGAUAAAGACUCCAAAACUGAGCGUUCAAGUGCUCAAAAAUCACCAAAGAAACGAAUAUUUGAUCGAAAAAGAAAACAGCUCGAAGGAAGCGAGCUACAAAAAUUUCCAAAGUUAUUCCUCUUCCAACGAAUCGAAUUAUCAAAGUUUCUCUUUGAAAACAAGCAAUUUGACUGAUCGUACGCCACUCCGAUCAAUUCUUUCGAACAAAUCAAUCGCUAUGAGCGACACCUCGAAUUAUUCUAGUAAAAGUUGCAACUCUGGAAAAAUAAUGCUCGACGUGAUGCAAGAACUCGACGAGGACGCGAGAAUCGAAAAUUUCGUUACCAUUCCGAAAGAAUCUUCGCCGGUAACGAACGAUGAGAAUGUAGAAAAUCAAAAACUGGAUUCAACGAAAAGAGUCAGAUUUUCAGAUCAAUUUGCUAUUAAAAGUGAAGUUCACAGCACGAUUGAUAACGAUGAUCUCGACACAACGGACAAUGAAAUUUUUUAUGAGGCACGUCAAAGCUUGUCAGAGCUGUCAAUUCCCCUCGUUGAAAAACUUUCGGUCUCGGCUGUUCGUAUUAUCGAUGAGAACGACAGGAAUUUUGAGAAAGAACAGAAACACGAAGAUCUCGAAACACCCGAAGAUUCGGACACAGGAUCGAAACGUCAAAUUCUCGACAGCGAAUUCAAAAGACCGGUGGAAAUAGCGAAACCAACAACCGAAGCUUCUUCCUCUUCUUCGAGAGUAAUCAUGAUGGUUGUCGUAGAAAAAAAUGGCAAUUUGAAUUCCAACGAACUCGUGCCUCUCCUGGACUCGAGCCUAAAAAAGCUCGUAGCCGGUAGCAGCGAACACAUGGCAAACUCUCUCGACGAGUCCAAGACGGACAGCGAAUCUACAAAACCAGCACCUUCUAUACUUUCCGUUGAUAGUUACAUGAGUUUUUCAGCUAUUGAACGCCACAACAUGGUCAACUCGACAGAGAACGUCACAAGAAAUCAUCAAGAACAUACGGAAUUCGGAUCUGGAAGUUCCGGUGGAAUUUUUGCGGCUGUUGCGAACGCUGUGAAGGUCGCUCUCAGGAAUUUUCCAGGAAGCAGAUCGUUAAAAAAUAUAUCCAGAGAGCCUGUGGAGAAAAGUCAACACUUGGCUCUUCUAUCAGCGACUCCAAAUGCCAAUACAGCAUCCUCGGAAGUUUUAACGAGUCUGGAAUCGGCCUUGCUGCCACGAAACGCGAAACGUUCUCGUGACGCGGAAGAAGUUCCUUCUCAUUCUCCCUCGGACAGUAGGGAUUUGCUAAACGAUGUAAGAAGUCCCAUACCAAAGAAACCUCGAGGCUGGUACAAAAUUCGAGCCCGUGAGCCAAUCGCAAGAAUGAGAACCAAUUCGGUCAUUCCUUCAAUGUCUUCGGAACUGCAGCAGCGCUUACAGCUACGUUCGCUCUCUAUGGACGACUGUAUUUACAAUUUACCCUCCCGAAUUGAUCAGUCCACACAGACCGAUUAAUUUUUUCACAUUAUACAUUCCUUUUUCAUUCAUUGCUCAACUAAAAAAAGCUCUCUAGCAAUCCCAUCUUUUUCUCAAAUUGGUACUUGAGUAAAUCAACACGAAUUAAUAUAUAAUUAACAGGAUAAUUUUGUAAUACGUUAAAUAAAAAAGAAAUUAAUAUGAUUAAAAUCA